UUUCUGGCUUUAUUCGCAGAGCUAGAGAUACCAUCGAGUUUUAAACGGAGGCGGCAAACGUGUGUUACGUGCAACUCUUUUUGUCGGAGAAAACAAAAUAAAGCUUGGUUUAUAAAGAUAAAAGGAAAAAACACUUCAAAAUGCCAGCCAAGAGAAAAGGACAACCGACACCCAAAGUCAAUGGUACCACAGAAGAGGUGAUUCCCAAGAAAGUCAAAGUGUCUCACUGGUCACAUCAUAGCGAGCCAGGUGUGGUGCUUGCCUUUGGCCAGGGUGACGUUGGACAGCUAGGUCUGGGUGAGGACAUCAUGGAAAGAAAGAAACCCACCUUGGUCAAUCUGGAUGGAGCUAAGAGGGUUGUGGAUGUUGUUGCAGGAGGGAUGCAUACUGUUUGCAUUACACAAGAUGGAGAGGUGUAUACGUUUGGUUGCAAUGACGAGGGUGCCCUAGGACGGGACACCAGUGAAGAUGGGUCCGAGUUCUCAUCAGGGAAGGUUUCACUUGAUGCAAAGAUCAUCCAGGCCACGGCAGGCGAUUCACACACAGCUGCUCUGACAGAAGACGGCAAAGUUUAUGCAUGGGGUACAUUUAGGGAUGGUACUGGUCCAAUCGGCUUGACUGUUGAUGGUUUGAAGAAGACGCCAUACUUGAUUCCUCUGGAUGAGACAUUCGUUCAGAUAGCAUCUGGUAACGAUCAUCUAUGUCUGCUGACCAACAGUGGUGAGAUCUAUACCAUGGGGUGCGGUGAACAGGGUCAGCUAGGGAGGAUAGCAGAGUGCUUCUCAAUACGUGGUGGAAGGAAGGGCGUCAGUAUUCUACUAGAGCCAUCUGUUGUUAUCUGUAAGAGAGUACGAGGUAAAGGCAAGGUAUUGUUUGACGGUGUCUGGUGUUCCAAUUACUGCACAUUCGCCAGAGUGAAAGGAGCUGGUGUUAUCUAUGGAUGGGGUCUCAACAAUUACCAUCAUUUAGGUCUAGAAGAUAUCAAGUCUUGGUUCACCCCUCAACCCAUCCCGUCUUUCAAUGAUAUCAAAGUGGAAUCAAUAUCAGGUGGACAGCAUCACUCCAUUCUCUUAGACAAAGAAGGUCAUAUGUACGCCAAUGGCAGGACCAAUUAUGGCCGGCUCGGACUAGGAGAGGACUGCGAGGAAUCUCACAUACCCACGCUCAUUUCAACAGUCAAGACAGAGAAGUUUACAAAUAUCGGAUGUGGUGCUAGCGUCAGUUUAGGGUGUACAGAUACAGGUGAUGUAUAUGCCUGGGGCAUGGCAAGCAAUCUUCAGCUCGGCAAUGGAGACGAAGAUGAAGACCUUCACGUUCCAACCAAGAUCACCAGUAAACAAUUAGAAGUCAAAAAAGGCAUCAAGGUCGCCGCCGGAGGACAGCACACGGUCAUUUUAGCCGUCGAAAAGUAGCAUUAGUCUUUAGAGAGUAAGAAUGAUAUUAAUGUAUCGUUACUAGGGUGAUAAAACCUUAUUAUUUUACAAAUCUUGAGCAUUCAGACAUACAUGUAGCUUCACCAGAGAGAAAUGCUUCAAGCAACUAACACAAAGCCAGGUGGUUAAAUAUUAGGAAAACAGCCUGUUGAAAUACCAGUAAAUGUUACAAAACCAUAUGAAAAGAGGCCACUAGAGGUAUACUUAUCAUGAGUUGAACCCUUACUCUAGUCUAGAUUAUUCAAAAAGAUGCCAUAAAUCAUCAGGGUAGGGGUUUUAUCACCCUAGUUUAUAUAUGAGGAUCCAACAUUUUCUGUAACUAUUGAUUGUGCAUCACCCCAAGUGAGUAUUCCAUUAAAUAAGUAAAAUUUAAUCUUUUGCUCUCAACACCAAAACAAAUCUCAAGAGUUACCUCAAAAUUUUCGGCUGCUAACUGCUGUCUUCUUCAGCAAUGACCGAAGUGACCCGAUUUGACCUAGUGAUGUAGCGAUCGAUAAUCGGUCGUAGACACUCGGAAGCUUGUAUCGCCCUCCGUCCCUAAUGAGAGUCACCCAAAUUGGGUCACUUCAGUCAUCGCUGAGGAAGGCUGCAGUUAGCAGCCAAAAAUUUUGAGGUAAUUCAACUGAUUUUUCUUUGUGUUGGGAGCAAAAGAUUAAAUUUUACUUAUUUUCAACCAACACUGAUGAACUUUCAUGAUCGUAUUCCAUUAAAUGUUUCAUUGAAAUGACACAAAUCUAUAUCACCUGGACAGGUAAUAUGCAUUUUGUAAGCUCACCAGUGCUAUCUAAUGUCAUCCUUUAUUUAUAGUGAAAAUUGGUUUGUAACAGGGCAAUGUUUCAUGCUGUGUGUCAGCACUGAUAAGUCCUCAAUCUUUGACAGUUGCUAUAGAGACCCGGGACCUGUUUCUUAAAGGGCUUACAGCUGUUGUAACUUUGCCAUUAUGGCAACUACCAUGGCAACAUGACUCAGCAGCCAAUCAGAAUCUAGGUUACCAUGGUAGUUGCCAUAGUGGCAAAGUCACCAUAGUUGCAAGUCUCCAUGAAAUGGGCCCCUGAGCUUUUCUGCAAAACCAAGGAUUCCACUGAAAUUGUCAGUGCUGACAACUUUCAUAAAAUUCCCCCUGAUGUCUCUAGUGCACCCCUAUCCUGCGCUUCCAUGUAAAGCAUAGGGAAUAUGUUGGACCCUCAUAUUUUGUUGUAAUUUUUAAAAUAGUGUACAGCUUAAUUUUCCAAUAUGACUAAAACAAUUUAUGUCAACUGUUCUCUAUAUUGUGUGUCUGUAUUUUUUUAUCCACCGUAAGCCUUGGAAUACUAUGUUUUUCAGAUUUUAAUGACCUGAUUUUCUAAUACAUUGCAUUUAGUUUAUUUUCAUACCUCGAUAUCGUGCCAUUGAUGCUAAAGACAAAUACAUAACAAAUACAGCAGUCAAUUUGAUCAUACAUGUAGUUAUUUUAUAUACAUUAAUUGCACACAAUUUAGAUCGCAAUUGUACAUUGAAAUGAGAAUUGUGUUACGUAAGAAAAUGUGUAUUUUUGCAAUAGAAUCUUAGCUGUAUUUGCAAAGAUUUCCAUGUAUGAAAAGGCCCAAAAUAAAGAUGCUAAUUUUUAGUGAAAAAUUGUUAUCCAUCAUAAGCAUUAUUACAAUCAUUUUUAGUUGUUAUUCGUUUUUUACAGGCCAAGCCCACCCAUUAACAAGUUGAUUUCAACAAACACAGGAAAAUCAGACCAGCAUACCACUGAAAAUGUUGUAAAAAUCUGAUGCGAAGUAAGAAAGUUAUGGCAUUUUCCAUUUUUACUCAUUUUCACAAAGUAGUUCUCUGCAUAUCCUGGUUAUCGUGCAAAAGAGAGAGCCGAUGACUUCACACACUUGUUUGCCCUUUUUUAGGUUUACUUUAUCAAAUAUAUUUUGAAAUGAAUAUGAUAUUGAGGAUCUUCCCCAAAUUAUGAUAAGUUGUAAUGUUAAUGAUUUUCCAUUUUCCAUGAGGAAUUAAACAAAAGAUUUAUCAUUAUUAGUUGAAAGGAUUUAAAUAUUUCAUGUUUCAUAAAAGUGCAUAAGAAAUAGUGACACCGAAUCCCUUAUUUGCAUACAAUCCAUGACGUGCCUAUUUUGUGCCAGUAAAGUGAAACUUUAAAAUGCCAUAACUUUCUUGGUUUUGCAUCCAAUUUCAAUAUUUUCAGUGUCGUACUUGUCUGAUUUGUCAUUUAUUCAAAUCAUCUUUUUUAUGUAUGGGUGGACUUUCAACUCCUGCAGUUUGCUUGUUUGCAAGAUACAGAUUUCAAAUGUUACUCUUAGAUAGUUGCAGGUAAACUUUCCUGUUGCUGCUACAUAUAAAUUUAUUAGAAUGAGAGGGGGAGCACAAUAAUUUUUUGAAAGCCUGGUAUUUACUUUUAUGGUGCAUCCACAUUUUAUGUUACUAUAAGCUUUAUGUAAUCACACACCAAUGUGAUUUGCAGGUUGUGGUUCUUUAAAGUCAAGAAAUGAAAAUUGGAAUCGAUCCAUUUCUCAUCAUUUUAACUGGUAUUAAUGUUUGGUUUACAAUGGAAGUAGUAUUGUCCACUGAUACUUUCUUCAACGAUAUUCAUUGAUAUGUGUGUGUCAUAAAGAAUUACUAAUAUUGUUCUUUUAUGCAAGCUAUCUCUAUAUAUAUAUCUGUAUUAAAAAAAACAUAAUAAAAGGGAAAUCAACGUAAAUAUAGAAGCUCAUUUUAAAAGAGGGUGAAAUUCGAUGUUAUGCUAGUCAAAUGUAACUUGCCCUGUUUAUCAACACGCAGAGUAUGGAAGUCACUAUCAAUUGAAAUAUAUGUAUAAGACUUGAUGACAGAUAAUACCAUUUCUUUUUAAGUACUUCACAAAAUUUGUACUAAUUAACAAUUAUAACAUUACAAGCAUGCUAUUUGUUGAUGGGUUGUUAAAACCUUGUCUUAAUCUUAUCUUAAAACUUUUAAAGUGUUGACACCACAGAAAAGACUAUUUUAGAAUUAUGGCAUUGGUAGCAAUCUCAUAUUGUCUGAAAACCAUCCCUAACCGUCUGAAGACACAUAUUUUGAGGCAACAGAGGGUUAACAUUUUAAGAUAUAACUCUAAUAUAACAUGUUUUUAGUUGUCAUUUCAAAAAGGUCACCAACGAUUUGUAAUAAUCCUGUCUUGUGUGAAUUAGCCACCUCAACUGCAAUAGUAUAAAUAAGAAGUUCUCUAUAUCUUUUCACCUUACUGCUGCUCUAAACUUGUAUUAUGUUAGUCGGAAUCCAAUAUCAUAGCAUCAUCUUUGCAGGUUCAUAUUUUGAUAAUUCUUUCUGCAAUUUGUAGGCAGAUAAGUGUAAAACAAUCCUGUAUAAAUUGAAUUAUCACCAAGUAAAGCAUAUAUCUCACAUCAUAUAAUGCAAGUCAUCCAGUUAAUCUCGUAGAAGUCAAGUUUUCACUAAUGCAGACAGAUUCUUG